AUGGCGGAGGGAAGAGGUUCCACUCUUGUGCACCUUUUAGUAGUUGUUUUCUGCUUAGUCGCAUUUGGGUUCGCCAUUGCCGCUGAGAGAAGAAGAAGCGUUGGUACCAUUAACAUAACUGCGGGAACAAAUGAAACAUACUGUGUUUACAAUUCAGAUGUUGCAACUGGUUAUGGUGUGGGCGCUUUCCUGUUUCUUCUUUCCGGUGAAUCACUGCUUAUGGGCGUGACAAAGUGCAUGUGCUUUGGGAGGCCUUUAGCACCGGGGGGAAAUCGAGCCUGGUCCAUUAUAUAUUUUCUUUCAUCUUGGGCCACUUUUCUUGUUGCAGAAUCAUGCUUAAUAGCCGGUGCAACAAAGAAUGCCUAUCACACCAAAUACCGGGGAAUGAUUUAUGCGCAGAACUUCUCUUGUGAAAGUUUGAGGAAAGGAAUUUUCAUUGCCGGGGCAGUUUUCAUCGUUGCAACCAUGAUUCUUAACGUAUACUACUACAUGUACUUCACUAAGGCAUCCACAACACCACUUUCUAAGAAGGCCAAUCGGGUUAGUUCCUCGGUCGGAAUGACCGGAUAUGCGUGA